UUCGUUACAUAAACUGUCUCGUUGUUGUUGAUUAAUUAUUGAAUAUAAUUUCUAAUUCUACAGUUGAAUACGGAGAUCUUUCUCCUCCAUAUUAAUAGACUUAAAUCAACAAACCCCGUUUUCUGGCACAUUUCCCUUUCUAUGCAAGGUCAAGUACCUCAGGACACUGUUGGCGCAUUCCCGCUAUGAAUCACCAUCAAAAUGGAAACCAUUUGCACGGCGUAAACGAAGGGGUUUCGCUUCCGCUUACCCUAGUUCCACAGCUUUCGAUUGCCACAUUGGAGCGGGAUGUAGACGGAAAUGGUCCGGUCGACGAGCUGCUUGGCGUCGGUCUCCACUCCAAUCUCAAGGUGUCACCAAAAUCACUUGCACCCACCGUUAGCGACCACGCUCUAAACACACUAAACGAGCUUCGCGAGGCAAAUCUACUCUGCGACGCGCAGAUUUCUGUGGGAGAGCAGGCCUUCAAUGUGCACCGUGCUAUCAUGUGUUCCUGCAGCUCUUACUUUCGCGCACAGUUUACGGGAUUCAAUGCCAUUAGUGGCGCAUGCGGAACUGGAGGAACAGGGAUGGAGGAGAACCGCGUCAUCCACAUUCCAGGAAUAAGCGCCAACAUAAUGAAUGGUGUCAUUCAGUAUGCCUACCUACGGCAGACGAAUAUCAACGACGAAAAUGUGCACGAAUUGCUAAUCUGUGCGGAUUAUGUGGGCAUGGUGGGUUUGGUUAAACAGUGCAAGGAUUAUCUCAGCCAUACCCUUACACCAGAGAACUGUGUCAGCAUUAUGGGAUUCGCACGGUUCCGGUUUCUAGAGGAUUUGUACCAAAAGGCACGCAACUACACCCUACGGUACUUCACGGAGGUGGCCGCUCGUAAUACGGACAUAAUGGAUAUGAAUGUUAAAGACUUCUACAGUAUAAUUAGUGACGAUGAGCUCAACACACGCGAAGAAGACUACGUAUGGAAAUUGUGUGUCAAGUGGAUUGAUCGGGAUCCGGAAAACCGCAAACAGCACGUGGCGCACUUAAUGACCGGACUUCGACUUGGUCUAAUGACCCCAAAGAUAGAAUCUUCCCUCAAUUUCUCGUUGAAUUCAAAAGGUGAAACACUUAGUACAUAUAGUCUAUUACGACAGUAAAUUAAUUUUUAUAAG